CUUACCCGCCACGCGAUCAUCAUCAUGAAGAGGUGUUGUCUAUCCUUCUUUGUAUUCUGUAAACAACCAAACAUCAAACUCAUCUUUUUCUGGAAACGCUGAAACCUCAAUGACUCCUUGAUUCUCUUUGCCCCAAAAUUCCUCCAUUUUUCUCUCUCCUCCAUUGCUAAUCGCAAAUCAUACUUCUAUUCCGAUGAAUUUUGAGCAAUGAUCGUCAAUUCCUUCAACAAUUUUCCACAAACCCUAGCUUUGGAUUCGCGAUAAUCAGCAACAUUUUCGGGGGAAAUUGAUAUAGUUUUUGGAAAUGGAUCCUGAACAGACGUUUAUUAGGGUUCAGGAGAGGUUUUCGCAGAUGGUUACGCCCAGAAUUCGAGCUGCUCUUGAGUAUUUUUAUCUUUUCACUGCUGUUACUUUGUUCGCCAUUCUUGUUGUUAUGCACGCCAAUUAUGUCCAGCAGCCAGGCUGUUCCAGUGAGCUCUCAGGAGUGAAAACAUCAGAAGCUCAACUUAUUUUCAUCAAGAUUACUGGUAUUGGCCUGCUAACUCAAAAUGACUCUGAACCUAAUUUUGAGGAUAUUUCUUCUGAGCGGACUCUAUUUGAUGAACCCCGAGAGCCAGAUGCCCAUGGGGAGGAGUUUAACUUGUUUGCUGUGAACUACUGGUUCAGUUGGAUUACUUCUGGUGCUAAGAGGGGAAAAUUGGAUUUCAAGUUUUGGAAAAAUUAUUAUGAAUACUCGGAAACACUGUCAGAAACUACCAGUGAUGGGAAGGGCUCAAAGUUAGCUGCUAAUGAUGGUAGAAUUGAAAGAGAGGAGCCAUAUGAAACUUUUUCCAUGUUUUCAAAACAAUCUGCAAGAGCAGUCAUCUUGCACUUUUUCAGAAAGUGGCACAGACGCCUAUCAUUUUUCUGGAAACAUGGUUCACGUUUAUUGGGAACUCUUUGGAAUGUUGCAGGUAUUAACCUGAAUCUUGACAUUCCUAAGUGGCUGCGAAUUUUACACUUGGAUAGGCUCAAUCUGCUUGCAGUGCAGUGGCUUGAGAGAAAAAUCAAAGCAUUUGAACCGACAUAUCUUUACACUAUGGAAAAGGGGUACUUCUUGCUUCCUGAAGAAGCUAAAGCUCGUCAUAACGUUCGGACUGCUAACAUUAGCAUAUCAGCUCGGCAUCCUUGCUUUGGUAACAGGUGGCAACAACUUCUCAUAAAUAGGGUGGUGGGAUAUGACACUAUUCUGAUGAAUAGUUUGCUAGAUUUUCCUGGACAAGGAUACCUAUAUAACUAUCAGACCAAGGAGUUCUAUAAUCUCAGUUAUGCCCAUGAACCAUCAAAAAGUUCUGCUACUUUUGGAGAUUAUUUGGUGGCUAAGUGUGGGGUGCUUAUGAUGUCGCUCUUUGUUUUCUUUACAACGACAAUGUCAGUUUCAUUUACCUUGAGAGAGACACAAACUCGGAUGCUCAAAUUUACAGUGCAGCUUCAACACCACGCUCGUCAUCGACUUCCAACAUUCCAGCUGAUAUUUGUUCAUGUCAUUGAGUCGCUUGUCUUUGUGCCUAUCAUGAUAGGCAUCCUAUUUUUUCUGUUCGAAUUUUAUGAUGAUCAAUUGCUUGCUUUCAUGGUGUUGAUAUUGGUAUGGCUGUGUGAGCUUUUUACCCUUAUCAGUGUUCGUACGCCAAUAUCAAUGAAGUUCUUUCCACGCUUUUUCUUACUCUAUUUCUUGGUGUUCCACAUCUACUUCUUCUCUUAUGCAUAUGGGUUUUCGUACUUGGCCUUGUCUACUACUGCAGCAUUUAUGUUGCAUCUUAUCCUGUAUUUCUGGAACAGAUUUGAGGUCCCUGCUUUACAAAGAUUUUUGCAAAAUCGCCGUUCACAUAUGCAACAGCACCCAGAUUUCCACAUAACCUCCUCUACUAUACUCGCCUCUACAUUGCACAUUACACGGCUGAAUACAAGAAAUCCUGGCUCAGUCAAUACAGAGGACGCUUCAGGUCCUCGAGUCUCAGUUCUUAGGCCGGGUGGUGGUAAUGUUCCAAUACCUCCUACUGCACAGGCAGAUAUUCCCGGGCUUCAAGAACAAUUGGGAAAUGCAAAUCGGCAAAGCGAAAAUACAGGGAGAGAACCUCUUCCGAUCCCUGAAAAUGACCUUCAGCAACCAGAAACUGGUCAAAACCCAGGAAAUAUGAACUCCUUUAGCUCUCUGUUGCUAUGGAUUCUUGGAGGAGCUUCUUCUGAAAGCCUCAACUCCUUUUUUUCCAUGUUUAGAGAUAUGAGAGAUCAAGCCCAGUUUUAUGCUGAUUCUCCUAGACAGGAAAAUGAUAAUGCCGAAAAUCCUCAAUAGGGGUGAAAAAGCAGAUGAAAGGCGAAGUUGGUAAGUGAUAAUAUUAAGGUGUCAUUCUUUUAGCUAUAUCAUGUUAUAUCGGUCGUGUUAGCUGAAGCAGAACAGCUUCUGCAGAUAGCCGGUGACAACUGUAAAUGAUUAGAAAGAAAGAAAGAGAAUAGGCAGGGAGAAGAUGUUACACGAUACGCUGAGAUUGUGUUUGAAUGCGUCGAGGCAAAAUUUGUGUUUUUGCCACGAGCAGAGGCCAGGGUUUUGUAAGAAAGAGUUCCUCUCAGGUCUCUGUAACCAUUUCUGUAACCAUUGCUGUAAAAAGAUGGUUUAUAUUGUAAUGCAAUAUUAUAAAUACGAGUCGUUAUAAAUCUAUAUUAAAAAGAUGCCCAGGCAUGAAAUUAUUGUUA